AUGAAAAUUAAUAUUUACUUUUAUUUUUUAUUGGUGUUUGGAUUUAUUGUUCAAUUUGUUAUUUCAGAUUUAAAAUUUGAAGAAUUUAAAUUUUCACUUGGAUCUUCUUUUUAUGCAAUAGGUGGUUCAUGUGAAUUCAGUUUUUCAAUUUUGGUUUCAGAUUUAAAUGGAUUGGAUAAUGUAACUUGGGGUGGUUUCAAUGCUUUCACAACUUAUAAUGAUGUAAAUGUUAUUUUUCACAAUGAAACAGCACAGUUAUUUUCUGCGAGAGUAUAUUGUCCAAUAAAUCAAUGUGAAAUUGGAGUUAAAGCAUAUUCAAAAAAUGGUGGUUUUUUAUAUCAUACAACUUAUCCUAUGUGUCAGGAAAUUCCAACUGAUUUCACAAUUGAACAAAUAUCUGGUUAUUCAUAUAAUUAUUUCACAUCAGCAUAUUCAUGUUAUGUUAAUGUGAGUGGGUUAAUUGAUGAUGUCUCAUAUGUUCCCAGACUUACUACUUCAGAGAGUGGUAUUUUUUCAGUUUCUAUUGACUAUGAAUAUGAUGGAAGAUACAAAUUAACAUUUUUCGGUACACCAAAAACCGUUGCUCCAAAAACAUGGUCUUUUGAAUACAUUGAUGGUUCACCAAAAUUUAAUAUAUCAUCACCAUUUAAUAGUUCAAUUAGUUAUGUAAAUUCUGCAGUAAUUGAUUACUAUAAUAUUAAUCAUAAUAUGAAUUCAAAAUUUGAUUAUCCUCAAUUUUGGAUUAAUAUUAAAACAAAUGAAAGAUAUCCAUAUAUUAAUUUAAGAGAUUCUUUUUUCUUACCAAAGAUAGUAUCAAGUUAUGAUGAUGGAUCUCUUAACUACUUUAUUAAUGCAAGACUUAUUAUUUCUAUUGGUGAAGUAUUAUGUACAUUAUCACUUCAAAAUUAUUCAGAUGUAUAUCAAGAUAAAAAUAGUUAUAAAUAUCAAGAUUUUAAAUUUGAACCAACAGAUUUACAAAGUUCAAAAAAUAUAGUUAAUUUAGAUGAUUUAUUAACAUUCUUAAAUUAUAAAGGAGAGAAUUUAACAAGUAGAAAUGAAAUUGAAUAUAAUUGGGAAGGUGGUAAAACAAAUUAUGAAUCAUUUCCUUUUGGUUUUGGUUCUGGAAAUAAUAAAAAUUUUAAUUUAGAUAUUUCAAUUUUUACAAUGUUGGAUGUAUCAAAUAGUUCAUACUCAUUUUCAGUUGGAAGUUAUUCAUAUUCAUUCUCUGGUCCUAAUUUUAAAAAUCUUUCAGCACCAUUAAUUACCAAAUUUAAUAUUUUAGAUACUUUUUCAGAAGAUGAUAACAAACUUUUAUUUAGAUUUAAUUAUUCAACACCAAAUGGAAUUUCUAAAAUUGAAUUAUUCCAUUUUAGUAUCAAUAAUGCUUUCCAGAAUUCCUAUGUUUAUCUUUCAACAGAUUUUAACAUUAUCAGUGGUAGUCUUAAUAAUGGUAUUAUUGAAUUUAUUUAUACUUAUGGAUUACUAAAGAAUGAUUUUAUAGUUUUAAAUAUCUAUGAUUCAAAUUCAGAAUAUACAAUUUUAGAACAAAAUAGUUAUUAUCAAUCAUUUUUAGAUACCCUUUCAUUUCCACAACUAUAUGAUCAAAAUUAUGAUUUUAAUGCAGAGAAUAUAUCAAAAAUUAGUUUCUUUUAUAAUGACGUAAAUUUAACAAAUUCAUAUGGUUAUAAUAUAAUGUACCUUGAAACAUAUGAUACUCCAUUACCAUUUAAUCCAUGUCUUCAAAUUAUACCUCAAUGGGAUAAUAUAACAAUUAAAGGUGAAUGGGUAAAUUCUCGUUAUGAAUUUAUAUUUUACAUGCCUCCAAAUAUUGUUCCAGGAGCUUUUGAAUAUGCUAUAAAAACUCCAAAUUUACAAUAUAUUUUAAAUACUGAAUUACCUGAUGAAUUCCAAUUGAAUAUAAUUAGUGAUCAUAUUGAUUUAAUGGGACCAAUUGUAACAACAAUGAAUAAAGAACCAAGUUUAGGUGUGGCACUAAUAGAUAAUGAAAAUUAUAAUAUUAGUUGGACAUUUACAGUUAAGGAUUAUAAUGGUUUCAAUAAUGGUUAUGUUGUUGUUAUUGGUUCAAUUGAUAAUAUUCUUUAUAAUGUUUCAAUUAUUUCACCAAUUAAAUUUUCAAAUGAAUUUACAUAUCAAAUCAAUAUAACAUUAAAUAAUAAUACAUGUAUAUCUCAAACAUACUCAAUUGCAGAAAUGGUAUUAUAUGAUAGAUAUGGUUUAAAUUCAACUUUUUAUAUAAAUAAAGCAGUAGAUUUUACUCCAAAUAUCAAUCCAUUAUUUAAAAUAAGUGAUAGGAAUUUACAUUCAAUUCAAACUGAAUGCCCAAGUGGUAGUUUCAUUCAACCAGAAUUAAAAUCAUUUGAUUUUGAACCAAAAAAUAUUGAUGUUGGAUCAUUAAAUAGAAAUGUAACAUUUACAUAUGGAAUUUCAAUUGGAUCAGGUAUUAAAGAAUAUCCAAUUGUUUAUUUAACUAGUUCAACUCUUCAAAUAUUGAAAUGUAUUGAUGUAAUUACAACAAAAACAAAUUCAACAUUCAACGAAUACAAAUGUACAUUAACAAUACCAUAUGGAUUUGGAUUACCAAAGGAUAUAAUCGUUAAUCUUUAUGGUUUAAUAGGAUUUGGAGCUUACUUUGGUUAUUCAUCAUAUUCAUUACAGCAAUUGGGAUAUCCAUUUUUAAUAGAAACAAGUUUCACAGUCAUAAACUCAAAUAGUGGAGGAAUAAUUACAGGUACAAGUUCAAUAUCAACAGAAGGUGGUUUAUUAUUUAUUUAUGGUAGAUUCCCACCAGAUGUUUAUUAUACUGUUGAGUUCAGUCAAGGUUAUUCAUUACUACCUCUAGAGAAGUCUGGUUCAAUUAUUAAAGUCGAUGAUGUAAAACCAUCAAGUGGUCCACUUACAAUUUGGAUCAAAAAUGGUAAUUCAAAAUCAAAUCCAUAUAUAAUUAAACCAUAUAAAAGAGGAUUUAUUAAAACAACAUUACCAUCAAAAUGUAAAGGAACACCAAUUUGUGGUGGUGCAACUCAUGGUACAUGUGAUGAUGUAUUAGGUUGUAUUUGCAAUUCACCAUGGGUUGGUGUAGAUUGUAAUUCUAAAGUUAUUGUUGUACCUCAACCAGUAUUUAAUACAAGUUCACCAACAAUUAUAUUAAAUGAAACGACAUCAGAUAAUUCAGAAACUAAUAUAGUAGCAUUAAUAAAUGUAGUUGCAAUUAGAGAGAUCGAUUAUAAUAAUAAAGUUUUACAUAUGUAUUCAUUCGAUAAAUGGAUUUAUAAUUCAAUUAAUUCAAAUGUUUCAAUAUAUUCAUCUAAUAUUAUAAAUAAAAAUGGAUCAAUGACACCAAUUUCAGUAGAGAUUGAAUACUUUGAAAAUGAAAGAAAAAUUGAAUUUGCAGGUCAAGAAAUUAUAAUGAAACCAUCAUCAAUUAAAUAUACAAUUUAUAUUGAUCAAUAUCCAUUUUCAACAAAAUUGAGUCAAUUACAAUUAAUUAUAUCAGCCACUGCAAUAAUUAAUUCAAAUUCAGAUUCAUGUUCAAAUAAAGAAUUUGAUAAUACAACAAGUGAAAGUUCAGAUUAUGUUAAAUUAUCAAUAUCAGGUAAAAGUUUAUAUGGUAGAUUCAUAAGGAGAGCGUUGGUUGAUUCAACUCCAAUUACAAUUUCAAAUGAAUUAUUAGAUAAAUCAUUAGGUGCAAUUAGUGAUUCUCACACAUCCCAAUCAUUUAUUGGUAUUAAUAUACCAAUCUAUAAUAAAAAUGUUAAAAUUGAUCCAGAUUUCUCAUUAAUUCUCAAUUCAAAUCCAUCAACAACAACAAAUGAAAAUUCAAUUUGUUCUGCAAAAUCAACAAAAUCCAAAUCUGGUUUAACAACAGCCCAGUUAGCAGGGAUAAUUGUUGGUUCCGUUGGUGCUAUUGCAAUUGUUUUUGCCACUGUUGUCACAAUAAAAAGAAAAAAAGCUCUAAAAAAAGAAAUGAAGGUGUUUGGGAAAAAAAUGCAAGCAAUAAAUAAUUAA